UGCGGUGGAGGCGGACGUUUUCAAUCUGCGGAACAAGGAAGUGGCGCGUCAUGGGAUGUUUUUGUCGGUGUUUUGUCUCUCUGCCCUUGUACAGUUAAGGAAAACGCUGCCUCGUCGGCUCAGUAGCCGCUGGUUCAGCUUCAGCCUCUUCCUCCUUCUUAGCCUCGGACUCCAACAGCGCUUCAGAGCUGUUUAAAAUGCGGCUCGAAGUCAGAACUCGGGUGCUUUCCUGGAUCUUCGCUGCUGUGUUGGUAGUUAACUCUCGCGCUGCACAGCAGCCGAACGUCGUCUUCAUCCUGGCAGACGACUACGGCUGGUACGACGUCGGCUAUCACAGCUCGGAGAUUAAGACGCCCAACCUGGACAAGCUCUCGGCUAAAGGAGUCCGGCUGGAGAACUACUACGUCCAGCCUCUCUGCACCCCAUCCAGGAACCAACUGAUGACCGGAAGGUACCAGAUCCACACGGGCAUGCAGCACCAGAUCAUCUGGCCCUGCCAGCCAUACUGUAUCCCUCUAGAUGAGAAGCUGCUCCCUCAGCUCAUGAAGGAGGCAGGCUACGACACACACAUGGUGGGCAAGUGGCACUUGGGCAUGUACAGGAAGGACUGCCUGCCCACACGCCGGGGCUUUGACACUUACUUUGGUUAUUUAACAGGAAGUGAAGAUUACUUCACGCACCAGCGCUGUUAUCACAUCGCUCCUCUGAACCUGUCCCGCUGUGCCCUGGACCUGAGGGAUGGGGAGGAGGCCACCGCCGCCUAUAAAGGAGCCUACUCCACUGAGCUGUUUGGCCAGAGAGCCGUCAGCAUCAUCAACAAACACGAGUCCACCAAGCCGCUCUUCCUUUAUGUAGCCCUGCAGUCGGUGCAUGAACCCCUGCAGGUGCCGGAGCGCUACUUGGCCCAAUACAGCUUCAUCAAAGACCACAAUCGGCGCAUGUAUGCAGGCAUGGUUUCAUCCAUGGAUGAAGCUGUGGGCAACAUCAGCCUGGCUUUGCAGCAGGGAGGCCUGUGGGACAACACCGUCCUUGUGUUUUCCACAGAUAACGGGGGCCAGACGUUAGCUGGUGGCAGCAACUGGCCUUUGCGGGGGAGGAAGUGGUCCCUGUGGGAAGGAGGGGUCCGAGGAGUGGGAUUUGUCACCAGCCCGCUGCUGGAAACACCUGGAACUGUCAACCGUGAGCUCAUCCACAUCUCCGACUGGCUGCCCACUCUUGUGGGCCUGGCAGGUGGGAGCACCAACAGCACGAAGCCUCUUGACGGGUUCGAUAUGUGGAGCACAAUCAGCAGAGGGUCUGCCUCACCCAGACUGGAGCUGCUGCACAACAUCGACCCUUUGUAUGUUGACAUCUCUCCAUGCCCUGGCAGGCAACAGCACUUGACUUUGGCUCAGGGGGUCAGUGGAGACUCGUGGGCCAACUCUAGCUUCAAUGUGUCCAUUCACGCGGCCAUCCGAUCCUCCAACUGGAAGCUGCUGACGGGAUACCCAGGUUGUGAUGUUUGGUUUCCUCGGCCUGAACAAAACACCUCAGAGUCCGUCUCAUUUAAAGUGGAUCCUCUAAAGCCUGUGAUGCUGUUUGAUGUAGAAAAAGAUCCACAGGAAAGAAACGAGGUGUCUGCUCAGUUCCCCAAAGUGGUCGAGCACCUCCUCAACAGACUCCAUAAGCUCCAGAGAACUGCAUCACCCAUAAACUUCCCCGAUGAUGACCCCAGAUGUGACCCGGGCCCCGCUGGAGCCUGGGGGCCUUGGGCUUAGAUAGACAACACGACGUAUGCGGGAGGACUUAAGGUGUUAUGAAGGAUUUUUUGCACUUUGAUUUCUGGGGAUUAUGAAAGCAAAGAAAAUGAUGAAUGGUUUUACUUUUGGCCUUUUUAUUCCUUUUCUAAUGUUGACUGGUAUAUUAGAUUUUUUUAUUCAGCAUUUAAAGAGCUCAGUGACACAUUUGACCUUUGUAGACAUUGAAUGUUUUAUUUUGUGAAAUUAUGUAUUAGAAUUUUUUUUAACCUAAAGUACAGCAGCCAAAAUUUCAUCUGCAAAAAUUCAACAACAAACGGGGUUGUCUCCUGGUGACACAGGUCAAAGCAGUCGUCAGUCGAUCGAGUCGACGCCUCCGGAAGAUGGUUACCCCUGCUUUCCACAGGAGCCGUCAGCAGCACGUCAUAGCUGCUGAUAGGAACCGCUGUGGUCAACAGAACCUUUUCCACUGGAGCCGUCAGCAGCGCGAGUCGGCCGCGUCUCAGGAGCAGCAUGUCGCGGCCUUUACACGCCGGUUCUAUUUUCUACGCACGACGCCUCUGAAACGGGUCAAGUUUGACAUUUUGGGGGAAGGAAAGACAGGAAAUCCGACGCGGAAACGGAGAGAAGCUCCCGAGAUUCCAGAAUAAAGAAACGUACUGCCUUCCGGUUGCUUUACUUUUAAAAACAGUUACUAAAUGUGCGUCCCCGUGAGAAGUUAUCACCUAGCUAGCGGUCUCCUUUGUUUUCAGGUCCGUAUUGGCGAUUAUAAAACGGACAGAACAUAAAACACAAACCUUUUGGAGCCAUGUUGUAGUUUUCUCCUGCUUGUUGUGUUUACUGACGAAGUCACUCGUGUGACUUCGUGCUCGGUCGGUGACAGCUGCUCCCCUGCUGCUUCGCGUCUCGUGGGAAGGGCCAAGCAGUAGUUUACGUGAGAAAGACGUGCUGCUGACGGCUCCUGUGGAAAGCCGGGGUUAGGGCCAAUGAAAAGAAAAAGGGAAUUCUGACUUUAAUCUCAGAGAAAAAAAGUCAGAAUUCUCUUCCUUUUCUUUUUUUUUUCAAUGGACCUAAUCCUUUUUCGUAGACUCCUCACUGCUGUCACAUAAUCGGAGAUGCGUAAUUUGAUCGGUUAAAAGCCACUAGACUUUCCCCAGGAGGUCGCCUCAUAAAUUAAAUAAAAAGAAGAAUUCUUGCAGCUGAAAUCCAUAAAUGUUUCCUUUCUUGUUUUUUGAGGUGCUGCAGAUCUGAAUCGGAAGCAUCAAAACAUGUUAAACCAAAAGGAAUCAUGUCAAUUAGAAAUGACUGAAUUAAGCAAGAACAAUAUGCUUCAUGUGAACAUCCUAAAUGGCUCAUCCCUUCAAAGGGCCUGAAUCUGAGAGCAACAGUUCUGAUUUUACCCUUUUACGAAUAUCAGCACACACACUGUUAAAUUAUUGUCUGUUUCAGUAUUAAAUUAGUGUUUGUAUUCAGAUCUUUUUACAUAUUAGAUCAGGAAGGCCAGGCAUGGUUUGGAUGUGUAAUGAGGACGGGUAGUGGAGAUGUUAGUAGAAGGAAGGUUUAGGUUGGAUCUGUCAGGUUUACUAGACGUCCACAGAAGGAGGUGGAGAGAAAGACCAAAGCUGAGAUAUAUAGACCCUUUUACUGUUUGUAAACAAUAUGACGUCAGUGAGAAUGCGCGCGCAGCUUGGCAACAGAGAAUGGCGUUGUGUCAGGCUUUACCAAGCUACGCUGCGGGGUUAUCACCGGCAAAUCUUGAACGUUAUAUUAUUAAACUCGCUUUAACGAAUGGCAACAGACUCCCGGAUCCCUGUGGCAUUACGGAAUGGGUGGAAGAUGUAGGUGCGUGGCCAGAUAUCCAGUGGCCCGAUAUAUAUACGUUUUUAGUGGAGAGGCCCAGUAAGUACACACGUGAGAAGCUAGGGGCAUACAAAUCGUUAGAUGCAUACAACUAUGUUGUCUGUGGCCACGUACAGAAAGUAAAUAUCACCACAUAGACUCUGAGUUUUGCGUCUUGAAGGCAGAAGUCCUUCCUAGCCAAAGACAAGGACACAAGACUGCUAUGUACGAGGCUUGGGUCAUAGUAAACAAACCAGAGAACUAUGUCUUCACAGCCAACUGUACCUGCAUGGCAGGGUGAGUAUAGUUUCUUUUUUAGCGUGCUCAGAGUACAAUCGUGUUAAUUUCAGAGAAAUACGGUUUACACUAAUAUGCAGUGGGAAAAUACAGAUGAAUUAGAAUGAAAUGUUAAUUUGAAGCAUGAAAUAAAGCGUAUAAAUUUGUUUAAUUCUGUCAUUUUGAUGUUCCAGACUUGAGCUUUGUGUUAGGAUGGGAAAAACAGAAAAGGCUGCAGUUACAUCUCAGGCAUGUGCAUGGAAAGACCUGAGCAGGAAAAAUGUAGAACCAGCUCCACUGAAGAUGAUCAGUUUCCACAAACCGAAGAAGUUUUGCAUACAGCUCCCAGCUGCUUCCGAAACUGUUAGGAGGAGCAGUGUCACACUAAGAGGCAUGUAAAGAAUGACAAAUGUGUAUCGCCUCCGAUUUUGUUAAAAUGGAUGUGCUCCCUUCGGAAUUCUGUAAAGUUUCAGUCCACUGCUUGAAGAGAAGCAAUUCUGGCAUCCAUACACGCAACAACCCGACAUUUUUAUGUGCUUAGAACUUCAAAACAAAGGGUUUAAAAUGCUGUUUUAAUAUUGAGUGUGAGUGAGGAAGCCUUCACUCUCGUUGCCAGGCUGCACGCGCAACUUUUGAUGACGUAGGCAGUAAAAGGGUUUAUAUGGAUACAUGGAAGUAGUAGGUGACUAGUGGAAAAGUAGAGGACUAGGGUCACAGGAAGCUGGUGUCUAACUCCAGUGAUGAGAGGGUGGAGACACCCUGGACAGGUCUCCAGUCCAACAAAGUGUCACACACAACUAGGGAGAAUUUAGAGUCUCUAAAAACUUGACAUGCAUGUUUUUAGUUUGUGGGAGGAAACCCAUGGAUGACGACACGCAGAGAGGCGGCAGAAGUGGGAGUCAAAUCAGCAACCUUCUGCAAGGAAACCAACUGCACCAGCAUGCAUCCCUGCUGUGGAGACCCCUGAGGGGAAAUGGAGUCUCUAGUGACUUGAAACUUCAUCACGCCUCACAAAGAGCUAGAUCCAGCAGCUCCUACACAUCUGUGGAAUAUUCUUCACUUUUCAAAACUCUCAGGAAAACCAGAAUGGUUAUUUUUGAUCAGCUUGUCUGCUGUUUUCAGGACUGAUGUUGGAUAAGUAAAUGUUUAUUGAAACCGUA